AUGGACAACAACAUAGUUAUUAAGAAAUAGUGGUUUAUUAAGUCUUAGUAAAGUAAAAUUGAAGAUGCCUAUGAGUUUGAUCAUAAAAAAGUACUUUGAUUUAUAAUAUUUAAUAGUUACUUGGACAAGGUACUUAUGGUCAGGUUGUUAAAGCUAAACUCAAAGGAUCAAAAUAAUAAAGAGCUAUUAAGAUUAUUCCUAAGAAUAAGGUUAGAAAUCCAGAACGUUUUAGAAGAGAAAUUGAAAUCAUGCGUAAUUUGGUAUGCUGAAUUUUUAAUCAUAAGGAUCAUCCCAAUAUUAUUAAAUUGUUUGAAACUUUUGAAGAUGCUAGAAAUGUAUAUUUAGUUAUGGAGUAAGUGAAUUUUGCUUAUUAUUUUAUAGACUUUGUGAAGGAGGUGAACUUUUUGAUAGAAUCAUUGAUAAGGGUCAUUUUUCAGAAAAUGAAGCUAAAAUCAUAUUCCUAUAAAUAAUGCAAGCUGUCAAUUAUUGUCAUCAAAAUGGAAUUUGUCAUAGAGAUUUAAAGCCUGAAAACUUUUUAAUGCUUACUAAAGCAGAUGAUUCACCUCUUAAAGUUAUUGAUUUUGGACUUUCAGUUAUUUUUCAUGACAAUCAUGUUGAAAAGCUUAAUUAAGGGAAAGUGAGUAUGACUACAAGAGCUGGAACACCUUAUUACAUAUCUCCUGAAAUUUUAGAUGGAAAAUAUGAUGAAUCAUGUGAUAUUUGGUCUGCAGGAGUUAUUUUAUAUAUACUCAUUUCAGGAGUACCUCCUUUCUAUGGGAAUACUGAUCCUGAAAUUUUGGAUGCUGUCAAAAAAGGUGUAUUUACAUUCAAUAGUAAUAAAUUUAAUGAUUAAUAAAAUUAGUUCCUGAAUUCAAAAAGGUAUCAGAUAGUUGUAAAGACUUGAUUUCAAAAAUGAUUUGUAAACCUGAGAAACGUAUAAAAUCACAUGAUGUAUUGACACAUCCAUGGAUGAAAUAAUAACAUCCUGCUGGUUCAUUUUUAAGUGUUAACUAUUAAUCAUUAAAAAACUUUACGAAUUUUAAUAAAUUAAAAAAAGUUAUAACUUUAUUUUAUUAUUGUAGGUUACAUUAACUUAUAUUGCAUCAUAAUUAUCAGAAUAAGAAAUAACUGAAUUAGGGAAGUUAUUUAAACAAUUAGAUAAAAAUGGUGAUGGUGUAUUGACAAUGGAAGAAUUAACUCAUGGAUUAACUGGGUUAAAGAAAGAAUCAUAGAAUGAAAUAAUGGGAGUAAUUAAAAGUAUAGAUACUGAUGGUUCUGGUGCUGUAAAUUAUACAGGUUUAUAAUAAUCAUAUUAAUUUUUAUUAGAGUUCUUAGCUGCUACUAUAGAGAAAAGUGUUUAUAUGAAAUAAGAGAAAUUGUUUUAAGCAUUUAAAAUGUUUGAUUUAGAUGGAAGUGGUAAAAUAUCAAGAGAUGAAUUAAAAUAAGUAUUAGGAAGUAUAUUAAUUUAAUAAAUUAUAUUUAGAUAAUAAUCCUGGUUUCGAUGAUAAUGCAUUGAAAGCUUUGGUAAAAGAUGCAGAUAAAGAUGGAGAUGGUGAGAUUGAUUACAAUGAAUUUAUAGAGAUGAUGGAUAAAAUGAAGUCAUGAA